UGUUGUUACCCUAAAUGGAAGCAUUUUAAAGAUGGCAGAAAAUUUUAAUAAACUUUGUUCUUUUCAAUUUUUACAUAGUCUAACAGUAGAGAAAUACCAGUCAAGGAGAACUGGAAUUACAGUAUGUUUUGUAGAUGUACCUGGUCCUUUAGUUAAUGGAUAUUUCACUCUCGCUACAGAAGCUCAUGAUGACGAUGGCUUGCCUCAUACAUUGGAACAUUUGGUCUUCAUGGGAAGUGAAAAUUAUCCAUUUAAGGGGAUUCUGGAUCUGUUUGCAAAUCGUUGUUUGGCUCAAGGAACAAAUGCAUGGACUGACACAGAUCAUACCUGUUACACAAUGACAACUGCUGGUAGUGAAGGAUUUUUAAAUCUUUUUCCUAUCUAUCUUGAUCAUAUUCUCUACCCUACUUUAACUGAGUCCGCAUAUUUAACUGAGGUUCAUCAUAUUAAUGAUGAAGGAGAAGAUGCUGGUGUUGUUUAUUGUGAAAUGCAGGCACGAGAAAACACAGGAAAAAGUCGAACUCAUCUCGCAUUUCUUCGUAAUAUGUACCCUGGUUAUUGUGGUUAUAAGUCAGAGACUGGAGGUAUAAUGGGUAAUCUUCGCACAUCAUGCAGUCAUAAAAAGGUAGUUGACUAUCAUGAUAAAUUCUACCGCCCUGAGAAUUUAUGUCUUCUGAUCACAGGUCAAGUACAGUCAUCUGAUGUGUUUGAAAUAAUACAAGCAUUUGAGGAAAAAAUACUUUCUAAAAAUACACGACCUCAACAUGUUCGCCCUUGGCAAAGUUCUGUGCCUGAAUUAAAGGAAUCUGCUACAAUAAACAUUCAGUUUCCUUCUGAUGAUGAAGAAUCAGGUCUUGCUCUUGUCGGCUACCGUGGACCUACAGCAACGGAUGAUUUCGAAAUUGCAGCACUCAAAGUAUUAAUGACUUACCUCACGGAUUCUCCUGUAGCAACUUUACAACAAGUUUUGGUUGAAUGUGACGAUCCAUACUGUAGUGAUGUUGAUUUUGAUUUCAUUGAAAAUUCUGAAGGAUGUGUUUAUAUCAUGGCGGAAAAUGUUCCAAUGGACAAACUAAAUGAUGUUAUACCAAAAAUUAUUGAGGCUAUUUGCGAUCUUUCUGAAAACAUUAAUAAACUCGAUAUGAAGAGAAUGUUGUCAAUAAUUCAUCGAGAGAUCUUAGAUGCAAUGGAUAAGAUUGAAGAUGACCCUCAUGGUACAUUUGCUGGAUUUUUCAUAGGAGAUUUUCUUUAUUCUAAACAAUCUGACCAGCUUUUAGAAAAAGUUGAUACAAUUAAACAUUUAAAGAGUUUGGCUAAAGAAGAUAAUAAAUUUUGGAUUGAAUUUUUACAAAGAUAUUUCGUCCAUGCGCCAUCAGUUACGGUGAUUGGUGAACCAAGUUCAAAACUUAUGAACGAUAUGUCUGAGUCAGAAAAACGUCGCGUGAAGGAACAAAAGGAGAGUCUGGGACCUAGUGGCUUAAAGGAACGUGGUGAAAGAUUGAUGAAGGCAAACGAGGAAAACGAUGUUGAGCCUCCAUCAUCAAUGAUCGCUUCACUUCCAAUACCUUCCAUUUCCAGUAUCAAUUUUCAUCAAGUAAAGAGCGCUAAUAAUUCGGGGACAUUAUCUGAUCACAUCAUCGAGUCAAAAUUUCAAGUUGCAAAUAUUCCUUAUUCCUUUCAACUAGAUCAUAUUUCUUCUUUAUUUAUUGAAAUUACUGUGAUGCUAGAUACCACUCCUCUUCCUGGUCGUCUGAUGGAUUAUCUAAGUCUCUAUACAGCCGUGAUUCUAGAAUCUCCUGUAUUGAAGAACGGAGUUUUAAUAACACACAAAGAGAUUGUUGCUCAACUUACUGAGCAUGCGCUUAAUUACGAUGCUUCAAUUGGCCUUAAUGGAAGAAGGUUCAAACCAGGCAGAUUUCCACAAUUUGUUGUCCUGAAGUUUAAGAUUGAAGUUGAAAAAUAUUUUGUGGCUGUUAACCUCCUUCGCGAUCUCUUGUACAACACACAGUUUACAGAAGAAAGAAUUAAAGUUAUUGCUAAAAAGAUGAUAAAAGAAGCUACUCAAUUGAAACGGAACGGAAGAGUUAUAGUGAACGCCUUAACAAAAGAUAGCAAUUUUUCUCAUCAAAGCCCUUACAGAUAUACUAAUUUCAUUCAUCAAAAGAACUUUCUCACCAAAAUACUGAAUGAUUUAAAAAGUGAUUCUAACGAGGUCAUUAAAGAUUUGUUUUCAUUACGUGAAAAAUUAACUCACCAUAAUAACAUUCGUGUUCACAUGGCCUGUAAUGUAAAUACUUUACCAGAGAAGGCGAGCGAGAUAUGGGAGACUGAAUUCAUUCCUAACUCUUGUCCAUAUAAAACGCAACUACAGUUGGAGAAUGUGCAAAAUGUGUGCGUGUUUUUACGAGAAAAUGUUGGAAGUAAAAUCAUUGGAGUUGGUUCUGUGGAAUCAUCAUUUCUCAUUCAAUGUUGUCGUUGUAUUCAAAGUUACACAGAUCCAGAUUUUCCCGCUAUUUUAGUCUUCAUUGAGUGUUUGACUGCUUUGGAGGGUCCAAUGUGGCGUACUAUCCGUGGGCUUGGACUCUCCUAUCACUACAGUAUGCAUUGCGAUCCUGAACAAGGUCUGAUGUACUUCAUAUUGUUUAAAUCAAGUCAUCCAGUUAAAGCUUAUGAGAAAGCCAAAGAGAUUAUGGACGGAUAUGUCACUGGUGCUGUUUCAUUUGAGAUAGUCCAGUUAGAAUCUGCGAUCAGUAGCGUUAUAUUUGAAGUCAUAGGUCAAGAAGAAUCAGUUGGCAAUGCUGCGUAUGAGAAUCUUUUAUCGCAACUGCGAAAUGUUGGUCAAGAUUAUAACAAAACACUUCUUCAGAGAGUUUCCAAGGUAACACUUGAUGAUUUGAAAAGAGUCGGUGAAAAAUAUUUUAGUCGUCUGUUUAGUAUGGAGAGUUCAAACUGUGCCAUUUGUUGUCAUCCGUCAAAAGUUGAAGAAAUCCGAGCUUCAUUUACACGACAGUUUGGUCGACAAAUGACCGUGAUUACGUCAAUGGAUAACGAAAUGAAAUAACUUUAUGAGAAUUUCUUCUUCAAUGAAAUAUUUAAUACAAUCUAAUAUUUUAUUAUUUAUUGUUCAAUAAUAAAGCCUCCAUACGGUCAACAUCAAAAAUAAAUAAAUAAUCACAAUUUUUAUACAAACUAUAAACCUUUUGCUCAAAACCAGCUUUUUUUUCUCAGGCUGUAUACUUGCUUUGAAUAUAUUAGUGUCAUAUUACAACUUCGUAUAUUGUUACGAAUAAUCAUUUUAAUGUCGACAUGGGUGAAUUUCUACCAUUACAACUAAAUCAAAGUUAUACAAGGAAUUAUAAUUUGUUUUUUUAAUAAACUGUCCUUAAGCUGAAA